AUGGGAGCCGGAACUACCAGGUGUUUGGAGGGUACGGGUGUUGCCUUUGCCCCUGUUUACCCUUCUUCUGUCGACUUGGAGGGUGAAUUGCCGAAGGGAGUGCAAGGGGGUAGCGCUAGGCUAGCUCCGCUUUGCCUUCCGAACGACAAUCCCUCUUAUGGCAAAAAUGCAGUGGUUCGGCACUUUUGGGCCCAACUUAGUGAUGUAUGGGCCUUCGGAAUGCUCUGGGCCUCUGCAGGAGCGCCUAAUUUGCAAGAUAAGAAAAGCUCGAAUUUUGAUGUGGGACUAUUGGCAUUCACUGUGGAUGCUCCACGUGUCUAG